AUGAUAGUUUAUAAUAAGAAUUGCAGUAAGCCAGAGGACUGCACAACAUUGAAGAAUUCGAUAUGUGCGACGCUAAAUACAACGGAGACGUCAAACACCACAAGUAACACAGCUGAUACAAUGGUAAAUGUCAGCAAAACAAUUUGUAGAUGUAAAACGGGAUUCUAUUACAACACGCAGAAUAUUUCUUGUGAUAAAGUUAUUGACAAAAAAUGUCAAGACGAGGAAACACGUUUAUCAUGCCUUCGAGUAGGAAAUGCAAAUUGUAAAAAAAAUGAAAGUUGUAAAUGUGAACAUGGGUUCGUGAAGGGUGAUGGCGGAAUAUCUUGUGAAACAGUAUAUAAGAAAAGAAACUGUAGUGAUGACACAUCAUGUAGCAAAUUACAACACUCAGUAUGUGUCAAGCCAGCUAGAACAACAGUUGCCAUGACAUCGAUUGCUUCUACUGAAAGUUCUAGUUCGCAAAUAAUAUAUGGCAAAUGUGAAUGUGACAGUGGAUAUUAUUAUAACAACUCACAAUUUGCUUGCCAGAAAGUUCUUCGAAAUGCUUGUGGUGUUAGUGAUGGUGCAAAUACAUGCAGUGAUGUACAACAUGCUAUAUGUGCAGAGAAUAAAACUUGUGUAUGUGGACCAGGUUUUGAAAUUAACACUGAAAAUACGUCUUGCAAUGAAGUUCAUAAUAGUUCAUGUACGCCACAAAAUCAACAUUCUGGAUGCUUGUUCUUACCUAAUUCAAUAUGCACCACUGAAACCAAAAACAGUGGUUCCGCACAUAUGACAGUACCUUACCCUACUACAUCAACAUUAUUUUCAUCACCGUCAACAACAACAACAAAAACAACAAGAACAGCAGCAGCAACAACACCCAGUCAACAAAGCGACGAAACAAAGAGCAAUAAAUGCUUAUGUCAACAUGGAUACUACUACAUGCAGCGUAAUAGAACGCACGCUGCUUGUGAACCCGUUUUAGGUCGUUUUUGUGACGAUGCUCAUGAGUGUUCGGGAAUUACCAACGCUGUAUGCACGAAAGGUUUAAAUUCAACUGCACCUUUAAGAUGUUAUUGUGCACAUGGAUUCGAUUCAAACAAAGAAUUGACUUGCUUUGAAGUAUAUAAGAAAAGAAACUGUAGUGAUGACACAUCAUGUAGCAAAUUACAACACUCAGUAUGUGUCAAGCCAGCUAGAACAACAGUUGCCAUGACAUCGAUUGCUUCUACUGAAAGUUCUAGUUCGCAAAUAAUAUAUGGCAAAUGUGAAUGUGACAGUGGAUAUUAUUAUAACAACUCACAAUUUGCUUGCCAGAAAGUUCUUCGAAAUGCUUGUGGUGUUAGUGAUGGUGCAAAUACAUGCAGUGAUGUACAACAUGCUAUAUGUGCAGAGAAUAAGACUUGUGUAUGUGGACCAGGUUUUGAAAUUAACACUCAAAAUACGUCUUGCAAUGAAGUUCAUAAUAGUUCAUGUACGCCACAAAAUCAACAUUCUGGAUGCUUGUUCUUACCUAAUUCAAUAUGCACCACUGAAACCAAAAAACAGUGGGUUCCGCACAUAUGACAGUACCUUACCCUACUACAUCAACAUUAUUUUCAUCACCGUCAAACAACAACAACAAAAACAACAAGAACAGCAGCAGCAACAACACCCAGUCAACAAAGCGACGAAACAAAGAGCAAUAAAUGCUUAUGUCAACAUGGAUACUACUACAUGCAGCGUAAUAGAACGCACGCUGCUUGUGAACCCGUUUUAGGUCGUUUUUGUGACGAUGCUCAUGAGUGUUCGGGAAUUACCAACGCUGUAUGCAUGAAAGGUUUAAAUUCAACUGCACCUUUACGAUGUUAUUGUGCACAUGGAUUCGAUUCAAACAAUAAAUUGACUUGCUUUGAAGUAUAUAAGAAAAGAAACUGUAGUGAUGACACAUCAUGUAGCAAAUUACAACACUCAGUAUGUGUCAAGCCAGCUAGAACAACAGUUGCUAUGACAUCGAUUGCUUCUACUGAAAGUUCUAGUUCGCAAAUAAUAUAUGGCAAAUGUGAAUGUGACAGUGGAUAUUAUUAUAACAACUCACAAUUUGCUUGCCAGAAAGUUCUUCGAAAUAAUUGUGGUGUAAGUGAUGGUGCAAAUACAUGCAGUUAUGUACAACAUGCUAUAUGUGCAGAGAAUAAAACUUGUGUAUGUGGACCAGGUUUUGAAAUUAACGCUCAAAAUACGUCUUGCA